CAGGUCCGGUACCGGGCAUGCGCGAGGCCGUGGCUUAAUGAGCAUACUGUCUGAAAGUGAGGCUGAUAAACAAAGGAAGAAAAUAAUUGAACAUCACGUAAGUUUAUCUUUUACAUUCUUGUGUCGUCGGUUUUAUAAUAGAGAAGUUCUGAUUUAACUUCCGCUACCUCUCACAGCCUUAAUACGCAUUUGAUUGAUUAAUCGAGUACACGGCAAAAACGAUCAGGUUGUUGCAAUAGUUGAUGAAAACAGGAUUGAACGAUGUUUUGCUGCCCGCAUGUAUUGUUCAAUAUUGUUGACAAUUGUGAACAACGUUGGCAGCAAAACAUUGUUCUAUCCUGUUGAAAACAGCGGGCUCAGCGUUUUUACGCGUGUAGAAUAAAUGCAUCUGAUUGGUUAUUGGCAACCACCCUAAUACAUUUGCAAUGUAUCGCAUAUCCGUUGCCCGCUUCAGAACUGUAAAUUCUUGCGAGCAGGAUAUCCUAUAUUCAGUAUAGACACCAAAUUUUUAUGUUUGGAUUUUUCAACCAGGAAAGAAAAAUCGUUAUCCUGGACUGAGAAUGUGUGUUCUUGUGUUAUAGAAAGCGAUCGAGCUUCAAGUUGAGGAUCGAAGGCGACAAAAGAUGGAGGAACGAGAACGUCGUCUUCGAGAAGAAGCUGUAGAGGAUGAACGAGUGGCGAAGGAAAGAGAAAAAUUACAGAAACAAUUUGAAGAAGAAGUGAUCAAAAUGAAAGAAAAAGAGGUUUGAUUAUUCAUUUAUGAAGUCAGAUCUUUUGUGAUGCAUGAUUUUUCUGUUAAUAGUUUUUAACAUAACAUGGCUCUAUAUGAUGUUUGUGAUGCUACUCUGAGUGUGCAUCCACACUGGGCAAGCUGAAAAGUUAGCUUGGCCACGGUGGGAAUCGAACCCGCGACCUUUGGGAUACUAGUCCAAUGCUCUGGCAGCUAAGCUACGUGGUCAAGUCGGUUCAAGUUGAUGAUAUUUCGGAACCGAGUCUAUAUAGUUCCUUCGAUAUCAGUGUAUUAUAUGAUAUGAUAACCCGUGGCCAAGCUAACCUUAACUUUUCAGCUUGCCCGGUGUGGAUGCACAUUCAGAGUAACAUCACAAACAUCAUAUACACCUGAAUACAUAACACCAACACACACAAAAUAAUGGCUCUACAGGGUGUAUCAAAAUAAACGCAAUUCAUUUUUUGUGCUUAAUAACUUUCGAAAUACUAUUUCUAGUUAAACGCUUUUAGGCUUACUUCAAAGCCUGUUCUUUUCUCUUUCAAACAAACUAUUAUCCUUGUCUCCAAUGCUAGUAAUAAUUGCACAGGAAAAAUUUAGUAAAACCUUUCAUUUUUAGUUGCUGGAUGUUUAAUUAUGCAAGUUUACUAUGUUAUUGUUUAGUCGGUUUAAAUGUUAGAAUUUUCUUUUUUAAACUUUAAUGUUGUCGUCACUACAUCUGGAAAACCACGUAAGAACAAAUUAAAAGUAUUUUAAAAGAGACCAGGUUGUUUGAAAAUCUAAACGAAUGCUAAAAAUCGUCAAAACAUUCUGGUGUCUGAGCCAGAGUGUCAUCGAAUUGCGAUGUAAUGUAAACAGAAAUUAUAGCAAGUUGAUGUCAGUCAGCUUAGAUGGUCAAGCCAAAAUUAUAUCGCAUUUGAAGUUUCAAACUGAGUUAAAAAUAGUGGAAGAAAAGCCGUAAUUAUACUUAUUGUUACAAUCCAUUUAAUAAAUGCAACAUUUUUUUGUUUUAAUGAAAAAAUCAGUUAUUUUCAUGAGAACGUUUAGUUAUUCCAUCUCAAUUUUUUUAAUCUCCAAUCGCAAUAACGUAAAGUAUUAUUACCCGCGAACCAAUGAGUCAAAUUUAAGAAACAACCCACUGUUAGAAAGCUGAAUGGCUACGCUUUAAAAUGAAUGUAAACUUUAACGUUUUCAUCUAUAUUAUUUGUUUAGCAAUUUAUAUUUCAGUCGAGGAUUGCGCUUUUUUUUAUACACCCUGUAUAUGUCCGAAAUUGCGUUGUAAGUUGCAGCAGAAAUUGCCUCAUGUAACAUGGCCAUGUAACACAUUUGCGAGGUCCCAUGAGGGGUGCGAAUUAUACUAGUUCCACUGUAAUUCUGUAUUUAGUUAUUUUGGGAUGCCAUAAAUGUUAGUUUACUUUGAUCAUAUUGUGGCAGUGGCAAAUGUUAGUAUACUUUAACUAUAUUGUGGCUAUGCAUGAACCAAGACAUCCCACUAUCUGUUUUUACGUUAAUUCUAAUAUUGGUGUUGGAUAUAAAUUUAGGAGCAGGCAAAACGUCGUGCUCAGGUGUUACAAGAAGGAAUUUCUAAAGCUUUCGAGUCAUCCCAGCAGGUAUGUGAAACAAUCUAUUAUUCGUGUCUGAAUAUAUCGAUCUGGCAACAUGCUUUCAUUGAGCGAAAUUGGUCCCUCAAUCCUAUAGCCACAUGCAUGCAACUCUGUAUCUUUGCAAAUAUGCGUAUUUCCUAACAUGCAUGUCUGCGAAAAUAGCUGCAAAAAUUGGGAAUUGUUAGCAUAGGCUUUGUUUCCAUGAUAUUCCCUUUUCCUUUGACCAAUCCCACACGAUUCCCAAUUUUCACAGCUAUUUUCGCAAACACAGAUUUGGAAAAUUUUGAAAGACACAACGAAAGGCAUAUGUCCGAACGUUGGCGUUUUCUAAAUAUUUUCGGAUAGUGCAGGCACCAGCUCAGAAGACUACCCACAUUAACACCGCGGUCAAACGUAAAACACGUACGCGAGUAUACGCAAAUGGCGGGGGGAAAUGUCUGCCAAUUAAUAAUAGGAGUUAAUAUGGAGAAAGAAAAGCGUUUACUAUACGUUACGGACGUUUGACCGCUGUGUUAUACCCACAUUGGAUUCCCACCAUUCACUGUUGUUAUACAUCCGUUGUUAUACAUCCGUUGUUAUACAGUACAUCCGUUGUUAUACAGUACAUCCGUUGUUAUACAGUACAUCCGUUGUUAUACAGUACAUCCGUUGUUAUACAGUACAUCCGUUGUUAUACAGUACAUCCGUUGUUAUACAUCCGUUCUCAUUUUCUGUUUAGUUAAAACGCGAUAAGAGAAAGAGUCGCUUGCAAGGAUCAACGACAGAAGGCGAGUGA